UACCAUUCACGCAGCUGCUUGUGUCGUUUGUUUUUGCGGGCCACUGCAGUCGCCUGGCGCUUCCUCUUCCUCCUCGUCGCGGCCAUUGCUCCGACCUCGCCAAGACCGCCCGGGGGCAGCCAUGGCCGCUCCGCCAGGUUCCCCACGGACGCCGCGCGUGGCCGACCCCGAAGAUAGUCAAACGAGGGCCGCACCGUACAGGCUUAGAAGGCAGAAAUCGGAGAUCCUUCGUGCUCAGUAUAUUGAUGUUAGAGAGCUCAGGAUCUGCGUAGGAACAUGGAAUGUUGGAAGCAUAUGUCCACCCAGUGACUUGGAUAUUCAAGAAUGGUUGGAUACAGAUGAGCCAGCUGAUAUUUACGUUCUUGGAUUUCAAGAGAUUAUUCCACUAGAAGUCGGGUAUAUGAUUGGCACUGAAGAUACUCGUCCAGUUGCAGUAUGGGAGCAUAUCAUCCAUGAAGCUCUGAACAAGAAGUGCCCAGAUAAAUCGAAGUUUGAACGCCAUAGUGACUCUCCUUCACCAGCAAGGUUUAACCCGUCAGAUUAUGUUCUUGAAAUGGAUAAUGGACUGCUUAGUGAAUCCAGCAAUGAUAGUGAUGGGGAACUUCAUCUAUUGGGCAGUGCAAAGCCAUCUGGUUCAGCUCACUGUCUUCAGACAUUGGAUUUAGCCUGUGAUGUUAGCAUUGAUAAUAGAGUUGAAAGGAAAAGAUCACAGUAUGUACGGCUAAUAAGCAAGCAAAUGGUAGGAGUAUUUCUUUCAGUAUGGGUUCGGAGAAGCCUGCAGAAGCACAUCCACAAUGUACGAGUAUCAAUUGUAGGUGUAGGUACAAGAGGUUUUAUUGGUAACAAGGGAUCAGUAUCUGUCAGCAUGUCUAUACAUGCAACUCAUUUUUGCUUUGUAUGUUGCCACUUGGCUGCUGGUGAAAAAAAUGGGGAUGAACUAAAGAGAAAUGGAAAUGUUGAGGACAUCCACAGAAGAACAGUGUUUGGUAACCCAGUUCAUAUAGUAGGCGUGCCCCAGAGAAUAUAUGACCAUGAAAGGAUUAUAUGGUUAGGGGAUCUCAAUUAUCGCCUCAACUUAUCAUAUGAAAGGACACAUGAACUUAUCUCCAAACAGGACUGGGAUGGAUUGUUCGAGAAGGAUCAGCUGGAAAAAGAACUAGGGAAAGGAUGCACAUUCGAUGGUUGGGUUGAAGGAGCUAUCAGCUUUCCCCCAACAUACAAAUACGAGUUUAACUCAGAAAAAUAUGUAAGUGAUGCGGAAAAAGAACUAGGGAAAGGAUGCACAUUCGAUGGUUGGGUUGAAGGAGCUAUCAGCUUUCCCCCAACAUACAAAUACGAGUUUAACUCAGAAAAAUAUGUAAGUGAUGCGACAAAAUCUGGGAGAAGAACACCUGCAUGGUGUGACCGCAUUCUCUCAUAUGGGAAGGGAACCAGGCUACUUUCCUACAAGAGGGCGGAGCUUACGUUUUCUGAUCAUCGUCCUGUGACUGCAGUCUACAUGGCAGAUGUUGAAGUUUUUGUCCAUAGGAAGUUUCAGAGAGCUCUAACAUUCACCAAUACAGAGGUUGACGAUCACCUACUACUGGGGAAGGAAACAGUUGUAGAACCAUUGAACCAUGAGACAGGCAAUUUCCCAGCUCAAGUUCCGUCCAAGGUGAUGGCAAUGCGAUACCGGAUCUCAGAAUCUGCGUGAGGAGGUUCAAUUGCAUUUCUUAUUUGACCAAGAUGUCUAUGAGACCAUGAUUAUGGACCCUUAUCGAGCCAUAGCAUCCUUGCUAGUAUGAUGUCAUUAGUUGGAAUAAACAAUCAUGUAAGAUCGAUCAAAGUCAUAUACGUAUUAAAUUAAAUGCCUAUUUCCAAAA